AUGUGCCAGAACUAUAGACAAGUCAAAAAUUACUACAAAAAAGUCUAUGUACCACCAAUCCGCAAGGAAGAUGGAUCAUGGGUAUGCUGCGAACAAAAUAAAGCUUAUAUGUACGCACGUCACUUAGAACGUCUACUCCAGCCGAACGACAUCGUUUCCGAACUCGACAUAACUCAUCGUCAACCAUUAAAUGAAAUACCCAAAAAGAUAAAACACUUCACUUUGAUUAAAAUUUCAAAAGAAAUUGAUAUGAAUAUCAAUCCAAAAAAGGUAUCUGGUUACGACCACAUCAACACAAAAAUCCUGAAAGAGCUAUCUAAGAAAGCUAUGAUUUAA